CAGCAAGUGAAAACAAUAACCGUUUCCCCAUUACAUUGGUCGUCGGCAUGGAUUCUGGUACUCUCGCUGGUGACGGUCCAAUCCCAGAUGACCGAGCGACACUUGCAAAGCUCAAGCUUCGUCUAUCACAAGAAGCCGGGAACAUCCAACAUGGUGGAUUGCGAUACCAAUGGAAUGAUGUGCACGGCUCAGGAGAAAUACUGUGGCGCCUUCCACAUUGGCAACAACUAUUUCGUGACCGGAGCGCAUUGCCUGGUGGCCACGGAUGGAAACAUCCGCGAUCCGUACGAGCUGGACAUUGUCGGAGUUGGCCUCACGGAAGUUAAAUUUGUGAUGCAUAAAAAUUACGCGCCACGUACCGGGAAUGACGUUGCGUGGGUUAAAAUUGUGAAACCAAUUGGUGUGAAUGAUUACAUUUUAGUCGCUGAUAUUCACCCGUAUAAAUGUCAAAAUUUUGCCCUCGAACUUCACGAUCCAAAUGCGCAAGGACUGCGAUCCGGAUUCCGAUGGAUUGCUGAGAACUAUGGUAGAAAACAUAGCUACAAAGUAAGGAACCAUAGACCGGCUGGUAGGACAUUUCGUUACCGUCGUGGGCAUACAAACGCAGAAAUUGUGACAUUUUGCAAUACGGUUAAAGAUAAGGACAAACACGAAUUGCACUACAUUUUUAUGGGAUUUCGUGAUGGAGAAUUAUUUCAGACCGAUUGCCACGUAGCGAAAUGCUCGUAUAUUUCGCCAGAAAACAUGCAAGCACCUCCAGUGGCUGACAUUGGAAUCACAACUAUACCAGUAACAACCGAAGUGAUUGUGAUCAGCAGCUCCGAAGAAAACGAACCUAACGCGGGAAGCUCCAGGUCGGAUUCCGCUAGCUCGGGUUCGAAUUCCGUCGAGAGCAAUCCAAAUGUUGUCGAAAAAGAUCCCAAUAGAAUCCCAAUAGUUGACCGGAAUUCAAAUUUCGUGAACAAAUAUCGCGAAUUUGUCAAUUCUUUUCCGGAUAUUACCGGUUCAAGUCCAGGCAUCAUCGCGCAAGAACCUAAGUACAACCUAUCAGGCCCGAACUACACCAUACCGCAUCCGAGCUACGAGAAAUCUGCUCCAGUUCCCGGUCGUUCAGGUCCGAAACACUUUGUGAACAAGGAUUUAGAGUAUGUCAACUCUGAGUCGGACUCCAGUAACUCAGAUUCCACCAAUUCCGAUCCAAAAUUGCCCGAUCCGGGUCCGAUUUCUGUGAAUUCAGUUCCGGAUUUAGAUAGAGCAAGACCGGAUCACUUGAAACGAGGUCCGACUUUCGUCCAGCCUCAUCCAACCUACAACAUAUCAGGUCCUGAUUUUAAGCAAUCUCUUCCAGAUUUUGUGAACAAAGAUCUUGAGUACAUCCACUCUGAACCAUACUCUGAAAACUCUGGUUCGAACGAUGUCGAGGAUUUGCAUUACGUCCAAUUGGAUCCUGGUCCCGGUAUUGUCGAUUCAGACUCGAACAUCGUCAGUUCUGACGCCAACCCGGACAACAAAGAACCUAGCAAAGAUGAACGCUCGCGGGAGUUCUCCGCAAAUGACACAGUUAUCGACCUUUCUACGGUACCACCAAAAGAAGCAGAAGUUGACAGUGUUGUCGAUGAGGCUAACGAAUGCGAAGAUGAUGAGGACAAAGGUGAUGACGAUGGAGACGAAGACGAUGGUGAUGGUAAACAUUUAUCACCAGUCAAAGCAGCACCCCAACGAAUUGCGGCAGUGUCUGGUUUUAGAACGCGAUCUCCCGUCAGAAUCGAUCAUUUCGGUAUUGCAACCGAACAACCCUGGUUGCAACUGUGGAAACAGCGAAUGUCAUCAUAUUUUGUCAAGCGCACACCAGAGGUUGCGAGAUCCGCAGGAUACAAACCACCGGAAGAGAAACCCAUUAAACAUUCAAUCCGCCAGUUCGUCACCAGAGUUCGUCCAACAGCUGCCCAGAAGCCUUUACUGAGAUCGUACGAGAAAGUUCCCAUAAGCCUGGAAAUUGUUGUAGAUAUCGAUUCUUCCAAAGAGAAUGAAGAAGUGUACAAGGAAGAUGUUAUUCGGAUAACAGAAGAAAAUAUCACCAACAUCCCACUGGUGAUCCCGGACAUGCUCAACUCACCAACUGAUCUUCCGGAUGUUUUAGAUCAAAAUUUUGACAAAGAACCCAAACUUGGGGAAGCCAAUGAAGAUGAAGUCGACACGCGUGAGCUUCCCAGAAGUUUCGAAUGGCCGCCAACGUUCUCCGAUAAGGACGGUCUAGAAUACUUCGACACUCGUGUAUUUUCUGACCAAAAUCGGGGGCAUUUUGGGACAAACUUCACCCCCAAUUUGGUACCAUGUGAUUACACGCAAGAGCAGGAUGUACACAGAAUCAGGACACUGUCGUACAAAGUUACGAAGAUCAAAGGCCCGAGCAGUGCAACUGGAGAGAACCUGACACGGCGGAUCAGCGGAUCCGCUUCACCAAAGGAGUCUAGCUUACUAUAUGGGAGGCUUACUGUCGCAAUAGUGGUUGCGGUUGCAAUAUUGUGAAUCAAAUUAUGGAAUAGAAUCUGUUUUAUUUUAGUAAAA